UGGUGGUGUCUGUUGAGGGGCGGGGGACGUUGGCCAAGGCGGCGGUGGCGGCUUAGGCACCGGCGGCUGGAGGCGUCAGUUCCGAGUGCUGCUUGGCACGCGGCCAGCGUUUUAGUUUGGGACGGAACGCUCGGUGUCCUGGGCCCCGCCCGGAAAGUUUGCCGUGAAGCCACGACCUCUUGGCCGGUGCGGCCCGGCAUGAAGCGGCGCUGAGGAACCGCAGCCGCCGCUGCAGACGCCUGAGGAGCUGCGGCACCCUGGGCCACGCCGAUGACUACUGCAAACUGUGGCGCCCACGACGACCUCGACUUCAAACUCGUCUUUGGCGAGGACGGGGCGCCGGCGCCGCCGCCCCCGGGCUCGCGGCCUGCAGAUCUUGAGCCAGAUGAUUGUGCAUCCAUUUACAUCUUUAAUGUAGAUCCACCUCCAUCUACUUUAAAUUCACCACUUUGCUUACCACAUCAUGGAUUACCGUCUCAUUCUUCUGUUUUAUCACCAUCGUUUCAGUUCCAAGGUCACAAAAACUAUGAAGGAAGUUGUGAGAUUUCUGAGUCUAAAUAUAGCCCAUUAGGUGGUCCCAAACCCUUUGAGUGCCCAAGUAUUCAAAUUACAUCCAUCUCUCCUAACUGUCAUCAAGAAAUAGAUGCACAUGAAGAUGACCUACACAUAAAUGACCCAGAAAGGGAAUAUUUGGAAAGGCCUUCUAGAGAUCAUCUCUAUCUUCCUCUUGAGCCAUCCUUCCGGGAGUCUUCCCUUAGUCCUAGUCCUGCCAGCAGCAUCUCUUCUAGGAGCUGGUUCUCGGAUGCGUCUUCUUGUGAAUCUCUUUCGCACAUUUAUGAUGAUGUAGACUCAGAGUUAAAUGAAGCUGCAGCCCGGUUUACUCUUGGAUCCCCUCUGACUUCUCCUGGUGGUUCUCCAGGAGGCUGCCCUGGAGAAGAAUCUUGGCAUCAACAGUAUGGACUUGGACACUCAUUGUCACCCAGGCAGUCUCCUUGCCACUCUCCUAGAUCCAGUGUUACUGAUGAGAAUUGGCUGAGCCCCAGGCCAGCCUCAGGACCCUCAUCAAGGCCUACUUCCCCCUGUGGGAAACGGCGGCACUCCAGUGCUGAAGUUUGUUAUGCUGGGUCCCUUUCACCCCAUCACUCACCUGUUCCUUCUCCUGGUCACUCCCCCAGGGGAAGUGUGACAGAAGAUACCUGGCUCACUGCUUCUGUCCACAGUGGAACAGGCCUUGGCCCUGUACUUUUUCCAUUUCCGUACUGUGGAGAGACUGAUAUCCCUCUGAAAACAAGAAAGACAUCUGAAGAUCAAGCUGCCAUACUACCAGGAAAAUUAGAGCUCUCAGAUGACCAAGGGAGUUUAUCACCAUCCCGGGAGACUGCAAUAGAUGAUGGUCUUGGAUCUCAGUAUCCUUUAAAGAAAGAUUCAUCUGGUGACCAAUUUCUUUCAGUUCCUUCACCCUUUACCUGGAGCAAACCAAAGCCUGGCCACACUCCUAUAUUUCGCACAUCUUCAUUGCCUCCAUUAGACUGGCCUUUACCAACUCAUUUUGGACAAUAUGAACUGAAAAUAGAAGUGCAACCUAAAACUCAUCAUCGAGCCCAUUAUGAAACUGAAGGUAGCCGAGGGGCAGUAAAAGCAUCUACUGGGGGACAUCCUGUUGUGAAGCUCCUGGGCUAUAAUGAAAAACCGAUAAAUCUACAAAUGUUUAUUGGGACAGCAGAUGAUCGAUAUUUACGACCUCAUGCAUUUUACCAGGUGCAUCGAAUCACUGGGAAGACAGUUGCUACUGCAAGCCAAGAGAUAAUAAUUGCCAGCACAAAAGUUCUGGAAAUUCCACUUCUUCCUGAAAACAAUAUGUCAGCCAGUAUUGACUGUGCAGGUAUUUUGAAACUCCGCAAUUCAGAUAUAGAACUUCGAAAAGGAGAAACUGAUAUUGGCAGAAAGAAUACUAGAGUUCGACUUGUGUUUCGUGUACAUAUCCCACAGUCCAACGGAAAAGUCCUUUCUCUUCAGAUAGCUUCUAUACCUGUUGAGUGCUCCCAGCGGUCUGCUCAGGAACUUCCUCAUAUUGAGAAAUACAGUAUCAACAGUUGUUCUGUAAAUGGAGGUCAUGAAAUGAUUGUGACUGGAUCUAACUUCCUUCCUGAAUCCAAAAUCAUUUUUCUUGAAAAAGGACAAGAUGGAAGACCUCAAUGGGAGGUAGAAGGGAAAAUAAUCAGAGAAAAAUGUCGGGGGGCUCACAUUGUCCUUGAAGUUCCUCCAUAUCAUAACCCAGCAGUUACAGCUGCAGUGCAGGUGCACUUUUAUCUUUGCAAUGGCAAGAGGAAAAAAAGCCAGUCUCAACGUUUUACUUACACACCAGUUUUGAUGAAGCAAGAACACAGAGAAGAGAUUGACUUGUCUUCAGUUCAGUCUUUGCCUGUGCCUCAUCCUGCCCAGACCCAGAAGCCUUCCUCUGAUCCAGGGCACUCACAUGACAGUGUACUGUCAGCACAGAGAAGCUUGGUUUAUCCCAUCCAACAAGCAUAUGCAUCCAUGGUAACCUCAUCUCAUCUGCCUAAGUUGCAGGGUAGGGAUGAGAGUGCUGGUAAAGAACAGCAUAUUAUUCCUUCUCCAGUUGUGCACCAGCCUUUUCAAGUCACACCAACACCUCCUGUGGGGUCUUCCUAUCAGCCUAUGCAAACUAAUGUGUACAAUGGACCAACUUGUCUUCCUGUUAAUGCUGCCUCUAGUGAAGAAUUUGAUCCAGUUCUGUUUCAACAGGAUGUAGCUCUUCCUAGUUUAGUAAAUCUUGGCUGUCAACCACUGUCAUCGAUACAAUUUCAUUCUUCAAAUUCAGGCUCAACAGGACACCUUUUAGCACAUACACCUCAUUCUGUGCAUACCCCGCCUCAUCUGCAGUCCAUGGGAUACCAUUGUUCAAAUACAGGACAAAGAUCCCUUUCUUCUCCGGUGGCUGACCAGAUCACAGGUCAGCCUUCUCCUCAGUUACAACCUAUUACAUAUGGUCCUUCACAUUCAGGUUCUGCUACAGCAGUUUCCCCAGCAGCUUCUCAUCCCCUUGCUAGUUCCCCACUUUCUGGGCCACCAUCUCCUCAGCUGCAGCUUAUGCCUUACCAGUCUCCUAGCUCAGGAGCUGCCUCAUUACCAUCUCCAGCCACUAGAAUGCAUUCUGGACAGCACUCAACUCAAGCACAAAGUACAGACCAGAGAGUUCUUUCUGCACCUUCAUCCUUAAUAUGUCACAGUUUGUGUGAUCCAGCUUCUUUUCCACCUGAUGAGGCAACUGUGAGCAUUAAACCUGAACCUGAAGAUCAGGAGCCUAACUUUACGACCAUUGGUCUACAGGACAUCACUUUAGAUGAUGACCAGUUUAUGUCUGACUUGGAACACCAGCCAUCAGGUUCAGCAGAGAAAUGGCCUAACCACAGUGUGCUCUCAUGUCCAGUUCCUUUCUGGAGAAUCUAGAGGUGAACGAGAUAAUUGGGAGAGAUAUGUCCCAGAUUUCUGUUUCCCAAGGAACAGGGGUGAGCAGACAGGCUCCCCUCCUGGGUACCGAGUCCCUGGAUCUAGGAAGAUCUGACGAGCUCUAACAGUGCUCAUUGCAGCCAUUUGUCCACCACCAACUUAUCAGCAUGUUUCUCUCCUUGGACCUUGGGUUUCCAACCCUGCAGCCUUCAGGACUGGUGCCAGGAGUUGGAUUCACCAUUUGUGAGGAAAGCAGCAUUUCUCUACCUUAGGCCUUGGGUAGAUUUUGUAAAAGAACAGAAGCAGUACAGGCUAUUUGAGCUUUGGGAAAUUGAGCUUUGAUUUUUAUAUUUAAAUAGGAUACUUUUAUAUGAUGGGUGCUUUGAGUGUGACUGCAGCAGGCUCUCCAUUUCUGAGGUGCUGCUUUUGCAGGUGACCUGGUUAUUUAGCUAGGAUUGGUGAUUUGUACUGCUUUAUGGUCAUUUGAAGAACCCUUUAGUUUCAAUGAUAUUUUUAAAAUAGGAACUUUUGAUAAGACCUUCCAGAAGCAAACAAACAAACAAAAA